GCUGCCACCGCUGCCACCGCUGCCACCGCCGCCGCUAUGGGUCUCGCUGGCAAUAAGAAGAAAGGCAAAUUGUCUACCGAUCCCAACAACACAGCAUGGGCCAAAUCCACAACAUCGUUUGGCCACAAAAUGCUCUCGAAGCAAGGCUGGAAACCAGGCGACUUCCUCGGCGCUGAGAACGCUUCUCACGCAUCCCACUACACCGCUGCGAAUGCCUCCCACAUCAAAGUCAUGCUUCGAGAAGAGAACCUCGGCAUCGGCGCAAAGAUUGGCACGCAAAAUGCCGAGACUUUUGGGCUGAGUAUGUUCUCUGGACUGCUGGGGAGAUUGAAUGGUAAAGAGGAGGAUCGAGCAGUCAUGCAAAAGAAAGAGGAGACAUUGAGGGAUGUGCAGUUGAAGCUAAAGUAUGGAAACAUGAACUUUGUGAGCGGAGGAAUGUUGGUGGGCGAUAAAAUGCAAGAGGUCAAGACAGACUUGGGGCAUUUGAAGGACGGAGGCGUUGUGGCUGUCCAGGAGAGCAAAAAGAGGAAAGCUGGCAGCGAUGGCAGUGAGGAAGACGAGAAGUCUGCAAAGAAGAGGAGGAAAGCCGAGGAGAAGGAAAAGAAGAAGAAGAAAGAAAAGAAGGCAAACGGAACUGCUGCAGCAAUCAAAGAGAUGAAGCGCCAGCGAAAACUAGAAGCAGGAAGCGACACACCUCCCACCAGUAAAGAAUCUCCCGAGCAAGAAGCCGAUUCAAGUUCCACAACUUCCAGCUCUAGCGAAGACGAGCAAGAGUCAAAGCGUGGUAAAAAGGCCCAGCGAAAAACCUCAAAGAGCCCUAAGCGCAGCUCCUCCUCCUCCUCCGAUGUCAAAGAUGACGAAAAAGCACGACUGAAAGAGGAGAAACGCGCCCGCAAAGAAGAGCGACGGAAACGCAAAGAAGAAAAGCGGGCCAAACGAGCCGCAAAGGCCUUGAAGUCUUCUUCUACAAUAAUAACAAAAACAACAACAACACAGCCCGGCUCCACCACCGAAUCCGAGACACAAUCAGGCACUUCCACGCCGACCUUUCUCGGAGGUCGACAAGCGGUACGACACCGAUAUAUCAUGCAGAAGCGCAUGGCGGGAGCAAGUGCACAAGCACUACAAGAGAUUUUUAUGAUGAAACCGCAAGUAGCUUCAUAG